AUGUCCAAACGUCAUCAGAAGAAUAUAGAGAAGCAGUUGAUCGAAAUUGUCAAUAGCCCAGCUAAUGAGAAUAAAUGUGGUGAAUGUUCUGCACAGUUCCCAACGUGGGCCAGUUGGAAUUUGGGACUCUUUCUCUGUGGGAGAUGUGCUUCUGUCCAUCGUCGUGAGUUGCUGGGCAUUUCCAAAGUAAAGCUGUUGACCCUUGACCAAUGGAACAACGACCAGAUUGAGAAUUUGCGUAGUAUUGGGAACCGUAGAGCUCGGAAGGAAUGGAACGCGAGAAAAGUUCCAUUUCCAUUUGCAGAUGAUGACGAUGUAGGGGCCAUAGAAGAAUAUAUUAGGGAGAAAUACAGAGAUGGGAAGUUUAGAGAGGACAAUCGGACUGGUGCCGAAGUUGUUGGGAAUGGGAGCGGUCGUUCAAGACUGCUGCUGAAUGUUGGUGGUACGAGAUCCCGUCUGCUGACCGUUAGUAGACGAGAAUUACCCCGAUUAACCCACAGACGAUUGACUCAGUUUGAACAGGGCCAAUUCACUUCUCAAGUGAGACAAAUUAUAGGUUUGGGUUAUGGUACACGAGACUUGGUGUUGGAAGCAUUACUAUUCCUGGGAGGUGAUGUUGAACUUGCCUUGGAUAUUUUGGAUGAAGACAUGAAGGUAAACCCAGGGAAGGAAGAACUUCCUCCGGAUUUACCCAAACGUCCACUGACUUCUGCCAGUGCUCUGACUUCUCACUCUGCGUCGGCGGGUGCCUCGGAACUGAGACCAACUUCGGCUGCUCCUUCCAGCGAUUGGUGGGGUCAACAACAGCAGCAGCCACAACAAACUGGGCAACCUCAACAACAGAGUCCACAAAUAUACCAGUACACCGACCCUGUCACGGGGCAAAUUUCAUAUGUGGAUGCCAAUGGACAAGAAUAUCUUGAUCCAAGCAAUCCACAACACCAGCAAAAGCUUCAGCAGAUGGCCACGCCAUUGAGUGCCCAGCAAACAAAUAACCAAGCCAUUUUGUCAUUGUACUCUCAGCCAGACCGUUUCACUUCGAAUGUAGUAGCCCCAGUUCAACAGAACGGUCAAAACGGUCAACAAGUCCAACAGACUCCUCAACAUACUGGGCAACAACUUGGUCAGCAAAUGGGCUUCCAACAUACUGGAUAUCAACAAUUUCAACAACAGACCGGCUACCCACAACAACAGUCUGCGUUUAUACAACAACAAACUGGCUUUGCUCCUCAACAAACUGGUUAUUUACAACAACAACCUACUUUCCAACAGCAACAGUUCCAACAACAGCAACAAUUCCAACAACAGCAACAAUUCCAACAACAAUUUCAACAACAGCCUGGCUUCAACGGACAAAGUUAUUCACAGUUUGGUCAGAGGUGA